AUGACACUCAGGAACGACGAUGGUCUUCUUCGGUUGCAAUCACAAGGCGCACGUGGAAUCAAUAUUGCAGCAACAACUGGAAACGUUACACUGGAUGCAUCGACCGUAUCAACCUCUUCGACAACAGGUGCCCUAGUUUGUCCUGGUGGUGUCGGUAUAGCAAAGGAUUUGUACGUUGGUGGAAGUAUUUACACCAAUGCGAACAAAGUUGCCACGGAAUCCUUUGUAACAACAGGUUUGUCUGGUAAACAAAACCUAUCCCCUUUGCUUGACAAUAUAAGUAGUCUAACUCCGGCCGAUGGAACUUUUUUGAUGGGUGGAAAUGGCGGUUUUUUCAGGAUUGUACCUAAAGAUGAAAUUCUCAGCGCAUAUCAACCCUUGAUUUCACCAUCAAGUUCUCUCAAUCUAAGUGGUUUAAUGGCACAAAAUUCAAACCCCAGUGCUACCGCUAUUACUCUAGGCAAUACUAGCACUGCACAGACAUGGGGCAUCCAUGUUUCUGGUUCAUCGAAUGGAACCCUACCUUCUGGAGUGUUUGGGCUGUACUCUUCAUUCCAAGAUAAAGGUUAUGUUCUCAGACUUGACCCUUCAGGUAAUUUAGUUGUGAGUGGAGGCCUUGGAGUUUCGACCGAUGCCUAUAUUGGCGGAAUGCUCUAUAUUGCUGGCAUUGAAGCCGCAACUCAGAAAUUUGUAAUUGACAAUAUUGCACCAAUUAGUCAAUCGUUAUCUUCAUUGACAACAACGGUUACUAACAACAACAAUGCUGUUAACACAGCACUGGCAACGAAGCAGCCAAUGAAUGCUACAACUAAUAGCCUGUACACGAUGAUGGUACUGUUGGGGAAAGUCGAGAAAUAG